UUGUGAUUGCUUUCAUGUUUACAAAGGAAGCUUUCCACGUCUUUUGGGAAAGUGGUCCAUCAUUAAACACUGAGGCAGUGAUAGCACUGCUCUUUCAUUGAGCCCAUAUUGGCUGCGCAUCCAAUCAGUUCUUGUGUUUUUAAUGUCUUCACUGAGCUUAAUCUAUGCUUUGCACAGGGAAUAUAGUGAUUGUAUAAUCAUGUGGUCAGGUAUGUGGAUAUAGUGAUUGUUGAAUUAUCUUGUGACGAAUUAAUGUUUGUGCUUCUGUGCGAUCACAUUUAUUUCUAUUUUUGAGAAAGGAGAAAUACAUGGUCACAUGCUUGCUAAGAAUAAUCACAGUCAAUAAAAUAAUAGAAUGUGAUUGUGCUUAUUUUAUUAUUUAGAAAUGAUGCAUAAUAAUGAUUUCUUUGUAAUGACACUGUUGAAUCAUUAAUAGGUGACUGCUUUAUUGCAAGCCCUACAUAUCGGGAUAUGUUAUGAUGCACAAAAAAUACAUUUUUUUUAAUUAAGAUGCUUCUCCUCAAAAUAUUCUCAAAUAAUUCUAGAUGGAUCACCAGGUUUUGGAUAAAUUUAGAGAGUAUACAAGUGAACCCAGUCAUUAAGGCAAAAUGGGACAUAAAAACAAUGUAUACCUACUAUUAAUUUAUUUUAUACUAUAUUUGUUUAUAUCACAAUACAACAAAAUUCUAAAAUGCAUUGUUUUCGUAUCACUCAAAUUGCUAUAAAAAUACAACUUUAAUGAAUAACAUGUCAUGUUUUAUGAAAAGAUGUAUCACUUUUCUAUGUGUAUGCAUAAACGUUUAAAUCAAACACUUAUUUUAAAAUUAUUUAAGGUUUUAAAAUACAACGUUUUAAUCUUUGUUUUGGUGCAAAUUUCCCUUACACUGUAUCACAAUAAACGGUAACCUGCCCCCGAUGACGUAAAGGAUGGCACAUCUCAAGUUUGGCAGAUGCUCGAGUUUACCGCCGCGCGUGGGACCGGGCGCACGAGCGGAUCAUUUAUCAGCGGAUGCUCGGCUGUGUUAUUUCAAUGGGCUGCGGUGGGAGUCGUGCAGAUGCGAUUGAACCGCGAUAUCAUGAAAGCUGCACCAGAGAGACCGAAUCGACAUGGCUUACCAAUACUGAUGCAGAAAUCCCAAAUGGUGUGACUUAUAAGAGCCACGGUGUCCGUGGAGAACGUAGCCAUCCUCUUAAAGAGAAUGUAAAACUAUCAGGUAAAAGUGUGGAGGCCAAAUCAGUCCUUUCCUGUGGAGACAGGAGGAUGGUUAACACAGGAACACAAUGUGGGAAGCAGGCUGUGACUUCCAGCACCAACACCAAGCAUCAAAGGACGUCCUGCAGUCAUGAGCCUACAUGUGACUCAAAGCAGACCACACACAAGGAACAGAAUUCUCACGCAGAGGGUGUUUCUUCUGUUAGUAAUGCAGCUUCUCACCCAGAGGAGUCAAGUGGGAAAGAGUAAUCUUCGCCUGAUGUGGAGAGUUCGCAUUAAAACCCAAAGGAGUCCAGCGAUGAGGGUUAUAAACUAAAUAAGAAAUCAUACUAUACGAGCUUGAUGUCUCAGUAAUGCAAUCUUCGAAAAAUCACACUUUGCUUAAGUGGUUUGAUAAAUGUCGUGGCAAUUUUUGAUUUUAGCAGCAGCCUGGUAUCUUCCCUUAAUUCUCAGAGGCUUUCAUGAGAAAAGCAUGUUUUCAUCUUGUUGCAGAUUGGAGAUCUUAUAUAACUGCAAUGUGCUAUUUAACGCUAAAAGUCUUAUAUUAAGCAGGCUACAAAUACUUUUUUAUGCUUAGUGAAAUGCUAAUGUUAUUAAUGUUAUUUAUUUGUUUUUUGUUAGUAGGCCUAUAUUUUAGUUUAGAGCAGUGUUUUUUUUCAAAUAAAAUCUUAAUAAAGCAUC